AUGGACGGGAGCAUCGCCCGUCCCAGACGUCAAUCAUUGCUCAUCGGACAGCGAUCGCUUGACGUCUACAAUGAGGUUGAUCAGGGACCCAAAUUCGUGCGCUGGAUCAUCGGGAAAUUCCGGAAUUGGGGAUUUCUGAUUGCCAAACACGCGUGGCUCGCUAUCAUCAUCUGCCUUAUCAUCUCAUCACUAGCCAUGGUCAAGAUUCUGUUAACGAAACAAGCCAACGAUAUUACCGGUUAUACGCCAUACGGAGCACGUGCCAAGGAUGAGUAUUUGGAGUAUCAGAGAUUCUUCUCGAGCUCCGGCCUCCCAAUCGCUGCCUAUCUCUUCAUUGUUGCCAAAGACGAGGGAAGUAUGUCCCGUCCGGACUAUUUGGAUGAGACGAUUCAAGUGUUGAAUUUCGCUCUCAAUAACAUCACAAUGUACGAUUCGAUAUCCGGAAAAAACGAGACGUUCAAUCAGUUUUGUCAAAGUUUCUGCCAGAUUAAUGAGCCCGUUCGACAGUUUUAUAACGGGUACCAAAUUCUGAGCGAUGGAGAACAAAACACUAGGAUUAAGAUACAGUACCCUGUAUCGGAUAUGUUCGGAAGACAGUUCUCACUUCAGCCAAACUUCUUCGGAGUGGAACUUUUCGAUCAACCGGACGACGCCGCCAAGUUGUUGGAUUCUGCUGAUGGAGAUUCGGUUUUGGAACUCAAUGCGACUCGUCUCGUCGAUCCAGUCUCCAAAAUCACGAAUGUGAAGUCAGUGAAAAUGAUAACUCUCCAAUUCCGUGCCGAACACAAAGCCGGCUGGACAGAUGCCCAGGUGAAGAAAUGGGAGAUGAGUCUUGUGGAUAUCUUCGAGCAGAGAUACAACUCAAAACGUCUCAAAAUCUACGCCUACUCUCAGUCGUAUGUGGAAGAGGAGAUGGUUCGAGGAGGCAUCAUUAUGAUCCCAUACCUAGUCGUUGGAUUCGCAAUCAUGUGUCUGUGCAGUUGUGUGUUGGUCAUGAUCCGAGCGUUGUACAUGCAUCAGGAGAAUGGAUAUAAAGUCAUUCUGGCGAUUAUGGCUUGUUUGACACCCCUCUUGGCUUGUGCUACCGCCUUGGCACUCAUGUUCACUUGUGGGGUCCGAUUCGCGUCAAUCUUGUGUGUCAUUCCGUUUUUGGUUCUUUCGAUUGGUGUCGACUCCUCCUACCUAAUGAUCCAUGAAUGGCAGCGUGUGACGAAGCACAUGCGGGAGACGCCUCGGAAGAAGGACAGUGUUGGACACAGAAUGAGCGAAGUGAUGGCAGAAGUUGGUCCGGCUAUUCUGAUCUCCUGUCUGACUAACAUGUUCGCUGACUUCGUCGGAUCGUUCACAUCGUCUCCAGAAAUCACACUUUUAUGUACUGGAAAUAUGUUAUCCAUGUGGUUCGCAUUCAUCUAUCAAAUGACUUUCUAUGCUGGAUUAAUGUCCAUUGUUGGAGGAUAUGAGUUUGGAUCUGAUGAGAUAGACAAAAAUCGAAUGGAAAUCAAUAUAGCUGAGAAUCGAGUGAACAUCGCUCGCCACCAUCGUCCCCUGACCAGACAACCUUCCAAAUUCCACGAAGCCACCCAGCCUAUCAUCUCGGAUUCCCUCCAGAAGUACACACAUCUCAUGACGACUCCACUUGUCUUCGUUUCCAUUUGUCUGGCCUACUUGGCUUAUUUGGCAUUCAGUGUUUAUGGAAUCACUCAACUGAAUAUCAAUUUAACUGCUCAGAAGUUGUUCGCACUGGAUUCGCCGUUGCUGGAGUUGGAUGAUUUGAGAAUCAAAUAUCAGGUCCCCGUCUACUCCAUGGCUACCGUAUUCGUGAAUACACCUGGAAAACUGGAAGACCCUGCUCGUUUGAAACGUCUCAACGAGUUUGUCAGAGAAAUGGAAUCGAUAAAUGGAACAUGGGGAGAAGGAUGGGGAGAACUUGGAACCAAAUACUUCAUCAGAGAUUACGACGUCUUUCAGCAGUCAUUCGGAAGUGAGGAUGAGGACGAGGACUUCAUGGACGAGGACAAACCAGUGACGGUGCAUUCAGAUGACAAAAUGACAUAUCGAGAGGACGAGCUGAAAUACUUCUUAAAGUGGCCAGAAUACGAUUUUUGGCAGGGAUUUGUAAAGCUGAGAAAUGCAACGAAUUCGACGGAUCCAGAAGCCGAGGAGCUCGAUCGAUUCUUCUUCACUACUGGAUAUCAUGGAGAGAAACUGACGGUGUGGACGGAAAGAGGAGAGAUGUUGAGGGCUUGGAGAAAGGUUGUCGAUAAGUAUCCAGACUUCGGAGCAUCUGUAUACCAUGAAGAUGGUGUCUACCUGGACCUCAUCGAUAAUAUGCCAACUGACACGUGGCAAUCAGUCCUAGGAACUCUUGUCUGCAUGGCUCUCGUCUGUUUUGUCUUCCUCAACAACCUCUUCACCGUCGCCAUCGCUUCCCUAUCAGUCUUAUCGAUUUGCGCCGGUAUUCUGGGAAUUCUCUCCUGGUGGCACGUGGAUUUGGACCCCAUUACAAUGGCUGCCAUGAUCAUUUCCAUCGGAUUCUCUGUUGAUAUUCCAGCUCACGUCUCCUAUCACUACUAUCAAGCUUCUAUCCAAGAGGGUCCCAUGUCCCCUCCAUCGUCUCGCCUGGCUAAUUGUCUGUCAUCAGUAGCGUUCCCGGCUCUUCAAGCAGCUCUAUCAACAAUUCUCUGUGUUUGCAGUUUGCUCUUUGUCAAUUUGUACAUGGCCGAGGUAUUCGUAAAAACCAUGGUCCUCUGUGUGGUACUUUGCAAUUUGCAUGGUCUAGUCUUCUUGCCUGCAAUUCUUAUUCUUCUGGAUUCAAUUCGAUGGGCGUGUCGACCGAAAGGAGCCGCUGCUCAACGCCCGAAACUACCAAAAACGAAUUCUCGGCAAAAACAGAAGAAUGCAAAAGUACAACCGGAAAAGAGCUCCGUGACUGAUCGGCCGGAAGUCUAA